AUGACACCAGUUUGUGGGACUGCUUCAAGCACUAAAUCGGUCAACUUCAACUCUGGAAUCUCACUCGACGCAAUCUCGACUCUUUAUGUGUUUGGAGACAGCUUGUCUGCCACCGGAGAUCAUCGAGGUGGAACUGCACCCCCAGCGGUUCCCAACCCAAACACAGCUCUCCAUGGUGGUAGAGCUUCCAAUGGACAAAUGUGGAACGAAGUUUUAUUGACCAAAUCAGGAGCUAAAGUCGCAAGUUUUGCAAUUGGAGGUGCAGUCAUUGACCGAACUCUGUAUAAAAGUGUCAAACCAACUGUCUCGGAUAUGCCAACACAAGUUCAGAAUUAUCUUGAUAAGAAAAUCAAGAUUGAUCCUGAAUCCUCCCUCACAGCAGUUUACUUUGGCACAAAUGACUAUGGAGCUGCUAUGAAAGAUAAAACUGCAGAACGUCCUCCUAUCUCAAGGGAUGCCUUUCUUGAACACAAUAAAAUCAUUUGGGAUGGAAUGUUGAAAUACCAAAAGUCUGAUAAUAUCAAAUUCGCUCGAGUAGAAAUGGGUGAUCUUUUUAAGAAGAUUGCAGAUGAUCCUAAAUCAUUUGGGUUUGUAGAUAACAAAAAUUGUUUAACAUCUAUGAAAACUACUGAAGGAGGAUGUUCAAAUCCAAGACUUCAUCCUUUUUGGUUCUCAGGUCAUCCAGCAGCUGAAACUCAAAAAAUGGUUGCACAGUAUGUCAACCUUGUUUUGAAGAAUUGUGGAAGUUCGAAUGUUUCAUCCGCCGAAAGAACAAAACGCAAGAGCUAA